UUUACUUAAAUCUAUAAUUUCGCGAUUUCUGACAUCAUUGACCGACAUACAACAUAGACUCCGUCGACAUUCGAAAGACUGAGUCCAUCUGAUCUGAUUGAUUGCCAUACGUUAGAAGUAUCAGAAACCUACAGAAAGAGAAUGUCUGGAGGAAUCGCGCGCGGUCGUCUCGCCGAGGAGCGAAAAGCGUGGCGCAAGAACCACCCACAUGGUUUUGUGGCGAAGCCGGAGACUGCUUCGGAUGGCUCCGUCAAUUUGAUGGUGUGGCAGUGCAUCAUCCCCGGCAAACCAUCUACUGAUUGGGAAGGUGGCUACUUUCCACUUACACUUAACUUCACUGAGGAUUACCCCAGCAAGCCCCCGAAAUGCAAGUUCCCACAUGGCUUUUUCCACCCUAAUGUGUAUCCUUCUGGAACUGUUUGUCUUUCAAUUCUCAACGAGGACAAAGGUUGGAGACCGGCCAUCACAGUGAAGCAAAUCCUCGUAGGCAUUCAGGAUUUGCUAGGCCAGCCUAAUCCUGCUGAUCCGGCACAAGCUGAAGGUUAUCAACUCUUUAUCCAGGAACCAGCUGAGUACAAGCGAAGAGUGCGACAGCAGGCAAAGCAAUAUCCACCUGUUCUAUGAUGCAUUGUGCUUUUACUAGAUAUGAUUAUAAACUCGUUGAUUUGGUUAAGAAGGUCAUGCUCAAAUCUCUCUGCUAGACGUGAUCAACCUUAUAAGUUAGUUCUCAUUUGAAUUGCAAAUAUGAUAUGGUGUUGUUUUUAAUGUUUUAUAGUCAUUCCUGUUCUGGCAGUCGACAUGCUGUUAUGUUUGCGGCUGUUCUCUUUGUAUUAUUGGAAGCUCUGACGCACUUCAAAAUUCAAAUUAAUACUUCAAAACUCACUUUUUUUUUCUUCA